AUGCAGUUAGAUCACUGCCUCUCUCCUUCCAUCAUGCUGUCCAAGAAAUUCCUGAGUGUGAGCAGCAGCUACCCUCAUCCAGGAGGAUCUGAGCUGGCUUUGCAUGAUCAUCCCAUCAUCUCCUCCACUCCUGACAACCUGGGGAGAAGUUCACCUCUGAAAAAAACUAGCAGGGGGAUGACGAAUCAGUCUGAUCCAGACAAUUUCCCUGACUCCAAAGACGCACCAGGGGACGGCCAGAGGAGUAAGCUGUCUCCUGUCUUGGAUGGGGUCUCUGAGAUUCGUCAUAAUUUCGAUGGAUCUGCAGCAGAUCGCUAUCUCCUCCCUUCUCAGUCCCAGUCUGUAUCCUCGGCUCCCACUACUAUGUUUCCCUACCCCGGCCAGCAUGGACCUGCUCACCCAGCCUUUUCGAUCGGGAGUCCCAGCCGGUACAUGGCUCACCAUCCAGUGAUCACCAAUGGAGCUUACAACAGCCUCCUGGGCAGCUCUUCCCCGCAAGGAUACCCCGGCGCCGGAUACUCCUACGCCCAGCAGUAUGGACAUUCUUACCAGGGGCCACCUUUCUACCAGUUCUCUGCCGCCCAGCCCGGACUGGUCCCCGGGAAGGCUCAGGUCUACCUCUGCAACAGGCCACUUUGGCUGAAGUUUCACCGGCACCAGACGGAGAUGAUCAUCACCAAGCAGGGCAGACGCAUGUUCCCUUUUCUAAGUUUUAAUAUUUCUGGGCUGGACCCCACGGCACACUACAAUAUUUUUGUGGAUGUUAUCCUUGCUGAUCCAAACCACUGGCGGUUUCAAGGGGGAAAGUGGGUUCCUUGUGGCAAAGCGGACACCAAUGUACAAGGUAAUAGAGUGUACAUGCACCCAGAUUCCCCCAAUACCGGAGCCCACUGGAUGAGACAGGAAAUUUCUUUUGGAAAAAUGAAAUUAACCAACAACAAAGGAGCGUCUAAUAAUAAUGGCCAGAUGGUUGUUCUGCAGUCUCUUCACAAGUACCAGCCCCGGCUCCAUGUGGUGGAGGUGAAUGAAGAUGGUACAGAGGAUACCAGCCAGCCUGGAAGAGUUCAGACCUUUACAUUUCCAGAGACCCAGUUUAUUGCUGUGACUGCCUACCAGAACACUGAUAUAACACAGCUAAAAAUUGAUCAUAAUCCUUUUGCGAAGGGUUUUCGGGACAAUUAUGACACGAUCUACACUGGCUGUGACCUGGAUCGCCUCACCCCAUCCCCCAAUGACUCCCCACGCUCACAGAUCGUGCCCGGGGCCCGCUACUCCAUGGCCAGCUCCUUCCUGCAGGAUCAGUUUGUUAGCAACUACGCCAAAUCGCGUUUCCACCCUCCAGGAGCCGUGCCCGGGGCAGGCACUGACCGCAGCGUCCCCCACACCAAUGGGCUGCUGUCUCCCCAGCAGGGGGAAGACCCCGGUGCCCCCUCUCCCCAGCGAUGGUUUGUGACCCCAGCAAACAACCGUCUGGACUUCACCACCGCCUCAGCCUACGAUGCGGCCACGGACUUCGCCGGCAACGCUGCUACCCUGCUGUCUUACGCUGCUGCCGGAGUGAAAGCUCUUCCCCUGCCAACCGCCGGCUGCACCGCGCGCCCCCUGGGCUAUUACAGUGACCCCGCGGGAUGGGGCGCGCGGAGCCCACCCCAGUACUGCACCAAGUCUGGCUCUGUGCUCUCCUGCUGGGCCCCUGGGGGGCGGGUGGGGACUACUAACCCCUACCUGGCAGGAGUGGAAGAAGCAGAGAGUUUGACAGCAGACCGAUCCCCCCUUGGAGAGGACACCAAACCCAAAGACCUGUCUGACUCCAGCUGGAUUGAAACCCCUCCAUCCAUCAAGUCCAUGGACUCCUCAGACUCCGGAAUAUACGAACAGGCCAAGAGGAGGAGGCUCUCACCUCCAGACCCUGCGGUAUCUGGCAGCUCCUCGCCCCUAAAAAGCGAAGUGCUGCCCCCUAGGGACUGUGAGAAGAACUGCGCUAAGGACCUGGGCUAUUAUGGCUUCUACACUCACUCCUAAUCUAUGGCACUGAUUAUAGUCUUAAAGUGACACCUCUCGAGGACACUGAAUAAGCUAUCAUUGGGAUCCACAGCACUGACAUUUCUACGAGAACACUUAUUAUUGGGGUCUCUCACUCUUCCUUUUUUUUUUUUCUUCCAAUAUCCACCUACAAUCACCUUGAGGACACCUACAACUUUCUAAUGGCUUCCUUGGGACCCGGAUUCACACCCUUCA